ACCUGUGCGAGAGGAUCAGAUGGCUGGGUAGAAUUUGUAGCAUUAGGCUUUAUCUACGGAGGACAGGUCUUCGCGCUUCCAUGGGCGUCGGUGCCAUCGUUUCUUAGCGUAUUGUCUGAGAACAUCUUAGUAGGACAGUGGACAGUAUUGACUUUCGUAUCAGAAAAAAAUAUCUGAGAGAGAAGGGUGAAGGGCGGCCGACGCUAGCGAGAGAAGUGUCGGUGUUUUUGUGGGACGGAGCGCGGAGGUCACCCAACAGCUCUACCCUGAAGGAUGUCUUCUUCCAUACAAGGGGACCCUCUAAUAACGAUGAAUGGUCCGAGCGGCCCGGUUCCUAGCCGGCUGACCAAGGCGGGUGAUGGGAAAUAUUUACUGACAUUUGUUCCAAACGCUCCCACACCUCACAACAUCGACGUGCAGUUCGGGGACCAAGAUGUGGGCGGUAACCCGUUCGUUGUGAAGGUGAUUGACGGCGGACAGGUGACGGCCCAGGGGCGGGGGCUGAGUGGACUCCUGCCCGUAGACAAUGUCACAGACUUCACGGUGGACACUUCACGAGCCGGGCAGGGCGGGAUCCUCGGCAUCAACAUUACAAGUCCCACUCUACAGGCGAUACCAUGUAAGGUCACAGGGUCCGGUGUUUAUGACUGCUCCUACAUACCGUCUGAAGUGGGACCCCACACGAUUACCAUCAACUUCUCUGGUGACCCCGUUCCCGGCAGCCCUUUCACCGCUUACGUGUUCGACGCAAGCGCAGUGCGAGUCGGCCCGAUCGAUGACCCGGUAGACAUCGGACAGGAGGUUGCCGUGCCGAUCGAUGCCACCAAAGCCGGGAAGGGCACCCUGUCUGCGGCGGUAGCCUGUGCCCGUAAGGAGGUGCCGUGUUACCUCCAGUCUACAGACAAGGACCGGUACCUGCUCAGGUUCACCCCACAGGAGGGCCGGCCGCACGAGAUCUUCGUCAAACACAACGACAUCCUCGUCCCUGGUAACCCGUUCAGGUGUAACGUCAUCGAUGGCCGCCAGGUGAGCGUGUACGGUGACGGCGUCAAACGUGUACCUGUCGGUAACGUGGCGUCGUUCAACGUGGACACGACUAGGGCAGGGGGCGAUCAGGUCGAGCUGUUGGUGUCGGUUUUGGACCCAACAAUGAAGACAGUCCCUUCAAAGCUAAAGGGUUCUGGUGUCUACACCGGGGAAUACAUCCCUGAAGAUGUCGGUCCCCAUAACGUCGUGGUGACGUACGGUAAGAACCAGGUGCAGGGCAGCCCGUUCGUCUGCCAGGUGUACGACGCCAGGAAGGUGGAGGUGGGGCGGAUCCCCAUGGGAGAGAUCGACGCGGAGACCGCCUUUAACGUGAACACGACGAGGGCUGGAGAGGGUACCCUGACGUCAGAGGUCACGUGUCACCACCGCCGCGUGCACAGCACAGUUGAGGAGAUGGGUCCUGGGUACCACACCGUCAAGUUCAUCCCUCAGGAGGCUGAGACUCACGAGGUGUCACUGGCCUACAACGGGGAUGUCGUGCCAGGCAGCCCAUUUCCGGCGGAAGUGAACCCUCCGGGUAAGCCCAGAGCCAUGGGGCUGGGUCUGCUGAAGGGGAUAGAGGGGAAGUCCUCUGAGUUCGUGGUGGACACGACCAACUGUAAAACUGGACCACUGGAAGUUGCGAUUCAAGGUCCUAGGUACCCUGCCACCUACACGGUUGACACCAAGGGUAACCAGCACGUCGUGACGUAUGUACCCAUGGAGGUCGGCAAGUACGACAUCAACCUGGCACACGCCGGCAAGGAUGUAGAAGGUAGCCCGUUCCACCCCAUCAUCUGUAACCCCUCCAAAGUGCACAUAGUGGGCGGAGCCAACAGCCUGAAGAACGACCACGGCAGGAUCCCGCUCAUGGUGGACGAUAUGUACACUCUUCCUGUGGAUGCGAACGGAGCGGGACCUGGAAAGAUGACAGCGCGGGUUGUCGGUCCGAACAGAGAAAUUCCUGCUGAUGUGGAGAGGAGAGCAGGGGACCGCCAUGACGUCACUUUCACACCUGAAGAAAUAGGAGAACAUUCCAUCUCCGUGUUCUGGUCGGAGCACCACAUCACGGACUCUCCCCUGUACGGGGAUGCAGGGCCGAAGAUAGACGCCAGGAGAGUCCAGGUCAGCGGCAAGGGCCUGAAGGAGGCCAAGGUGGACGAGGUGGCAGAGUUCCUGAUAGAUGGCUCUGAAGCAGGAAAUGGUAACCCUGAGAGUAAACUUAUCGGAUCCAGAGGGAACCUGGACGUGACCUUGGUGCCUGACCCCAGGAGAAAGAACAGCUACAGGGCGCUGUACUGUCCAGCUGAACCAGGUCACUACAAGCUGAACGUGCUGUGGUCAGACAAGGAAGUGAGGGGUUCACCGUUUGAUGUGAAGAUCACCCAGGCCGCCGACGCCAACCAGAUCGCCUACACCGGGGCCAAAAAGGGCGAACUGGGACAGACGGUCAAGGGCAUCCUGGACCCCAGGAAGGCUGGAUCUGGCAAAUUGACAGCCAAAUGCGUGGGGCCGACCAGGAACGCAGACGUGUCGCUCUCCGAGAACGCCAACAAGACCAUCAAUGUGUCCAUGCGGCCGAAGGAGACGGGAUUGCACAAGCUGCACAUCAAAUGUAACGGGCAGCACGUACCAGGGAGCCCAUUUGAAAUCAACAUAGACAAGCCUCCGGACCCCAGCAAGGUGAAGGUGUUCGGACCGGGUCUCACCGACGGCAAGUUUUCAAAUUUCGACGGGACGUUCCUGUGUGACACUAGAGAGGCUGGACCGGGACAGCUUAAAGUACGGAUCGAAGGGCCACAGAAAGAUGCAUUCCGGAUGACGUCAGACGUCCUGAAUGACGUAGAGCGCACCGUGCGGGUGGUGUACACCCCCCACAUUCCCGGAGACUACGACGUCGAGGUGAAGUGGUCAGACGUGCACGUUCCGGGAAGCCCCUUCCACGUCAGGGUCCUAGAUGACACUCCACCGCCGCAGCCACCACCCCAGCCCCAGCAGAGGACGCGGCCCUCCAACCUUGUGUACGAAGGCCCCCUGGCUGCCAACCCCCUCACCUACGUCGAGCCUCAGUCCCCGGUCCUAUCCGUCGGCAGACCCGUUCCCAACCAAAUCGGCGGCCGGAUGGCGUUCCCCCUCGACCAAACAAUCAUGUAUGACUACCCCGUUCCUGACUACGUCCCUCGAGGUGUUCCCGAGUUUGUACCCAGAAGUGGUUCGGAUUAUCGUCUAGCUCUAGUCCCCGAUCAAAACCCCGCCAGGCCCCACGGGGAUAAGAUCAUCCAGUAUAAUUCCGCCCCGGUCCAUCCCCAGGUCUUGUCCAGUAACUACGUCGUGCCGAAACAGGCGUUACCGGAUAGAAUACCCGCCCGAAGGAUGUCGUCUGUGGAGUCGUACUACCCUGUCAAUGGUAUCCCUAAUGGACCGCGCCGUUUCUAAACCAUACGUGUCAGCAAAAUCAACUGCGUUGAUAAAGAAGUACUACGCAAAAAAAGCCAGUUGCUCAAGAAGCUGGAUAUAAUUUUUGAAAUGGUCAGACGUUCCGAACAACGUCCGUUGUUUUUCGUCUGUGACAUGGACUAAAUCAUAUCCAGUUGCUCGAGUAACUGCUUUUGGGCGUAUCUUAUUACCUUCAUCGACGUUGAUAAUGAAGCUUUUGACAGAGUUGAAAUUCUUUAGAAACCAGAAAAUUUAAAAGGUGUUUCUGUUUGGAAAUGUCGAAGACUGGGUGCGAAUUUCCUUUUUUUUGAAGAAAAUUAAACUCUGCUGUAACAUACAAUGGAGAGAUAUCUGUAACGAUUCAAAUUCAACUUUCUACCUGAAGUUUGUUAUGAAACUAAUUCUCCGUAGAAAUAGAAGUAAUUUUCUAGCUUUAUCAUAUCUCUUGUACAUUGAAGAAGAAGUACAAUUCUUAGACAUCGGUGAACUUUUUUCAUCUACUGAACUGGUUAUAAUGAUUAACAAUGCCUUUUGAAGGGUAUCCAAAGCAAUAGAAUGACUGCUGUACAUUUUCAAGGCCAGUGGUUAAGUUUCAUACCAUUUCGUCAGCAAAUACAUCGAUCUAGUUUUGUAGAUUUUAUCCUAUUCGUUUUCUAUACUAUUGUAGGUUGUCUUUAGUGCCAUCGUAGAUGUGUUUUGUAAUUUGGUUGAUGGUAUGUUUUAGAAAUACUGUGAAAAUUGAAAAGCCAUAGCUCUUCAGUAUUACGACAGAAGUCAAACAUUGGUGCGCAUUUUCAAACUAACAUUACCGAAACUAACCUAACAGUUUUACACAUUGUAUAUUGUACAUGUGUGUUUUAAAGGGAGCAGGCAGCUACUAUUAUUGGAAUGUAAAAAAAGCCAAAAAAUUCAUGAUCCCUUUAAUAAGAUUACUUAAUAUGAGUACUUCUUUGGUGUUAUUUUCCAUCUUUUUUUCAUUGGUCAAAAUUCAACUUUGCAUGUUGCCUUUUUGUACAUAAAUAUAUGGUAUACAUGAUCACCUGUACACCAAAUGAAAAGACUAACAAAAUCUUAUCAUUUAAUUAACUUCAUUAUAAAAAUCAUUUCAAAGUAGUCGCUUUGCUUGUAUACGUUUCAUUUUCUAUCAUUUAUCACAUUUUCGCAUCAUAGUUAUCAUCAUAUUUAACGUCAAUAUAUUAGAUAUAUAAUCAACCAUAUGUAUUUUUCAUAUCCUAUCCCAUUGUAUGAACAUACCUGUUGUCAAUAAACUAAACCUGUGCUUU